ACUUGUCAAAAUUGAAAAAAAAAAAAAAAAAUAUUUAACAAAAUCCCAAAAUGUCGAAUAAAAAUCGAAGUCCCAGCAUUGAUAGCAAAACCAUACGUUUUGACGAGGAAAAUCUUCUUCGCACGAAUCAUCCCAUGGAAAAGGAUUACGGCCUUAUGAGCAUACCCGAAUCAAAGACACCAUUUCCACGUCAUGCCAAUCCGGUGGAAGCAAAAGAGCUACAGAGACGUCUUCAAGAAGUUUUAGAACGUGCAAAUAAUGAUCUCUUGUCGGUGGCCAAUGUCGAUGGUGAUGGAGCAAGGUCGGCCUACGAUGAAGAACUUCGGGAAAAACAACAUGCCGAAUUCUUGCGAAAACGUAAACAAUUUUAUCAAUCAGAAUUUCUUAUUGCCAAACAAAAAAUGAUGCGAAUGGAGAUGCAUCCACCAGGCCCCUCGGUGGGCAAUAAUUGGCGUAUUGAUGAUACUAGCCACGGACGUGACCAUGCUUCAUCAGGUCAUACAGCCAGCAUGAUGGGUGGUCGUUACACUUCAAGUAUAAGUCAACAUCAUUUACCAGCCAUACUCGGCUCGCAUUUAAAUCAAGAAACUUUACGUGAGAUUGCCAAAGGGAAUGAAUCGAUAUAGCUGGCGGAGAAAUUAAACGGUUGAUUGUCCAUUGGAUAAUGGAUGGAGGUGGUGCUGAUACAGUGUAUAAGUUGUAUGUAUGAAGGAUUUUUUUAAUAUUUUGUUAUGAUCAUGGAUUUGGUAAUUCUUAACACGUACGGCUAUUGUCUGCUACAUGGAAGGGAAAGUAUUUUCAUUUAUGAGAUAUAUGCUACCUGUUCGUGUUAAUUAAAUUCGCUAAUCCAGCUGAAGUUAAGUGAUAGUUGAUGCGCACAUGUGUGAAAUUAUACUUCACUAGCUGGCCCCGACCGUGUUGCCGGUCCGAACUUUUAGAUUUUAAUGCAUAUUUUUUUAAGCAUUAUAAAUCACGGAUCUGACUUAUGUAAGCGGCACAAUUUUUAUUAUAAUUAAUGACUGCAUAUUCAUUUCUAAAUAGAAAUAAAUAUUCAUGGUAAAAAUUAAAGUGAAACGAACCGGAC